AUGUUUCGGCUCUCCGCCCAGGCCACUGGGAGGGCUUUUCUAGGCCCGCCGCAGCCUGCGGUGCUGCUGCAGGGCAACGAGUCCAUGAGCAUGGCAAGCAUCCUUGCAGACUUAGAGGCUGGGGAUGCAAAGAUGUUCUGGGCCUAUGGGAGGGAGAGAGCAGAGAAUGUGCUCUGCGGGUCGGUGAAGCACUUUGGCAUCGAGAGCUACAAGCUGCACUGCGACCAGCACCUUCAGAAGAUCCGGGAUGUCUUCAAGGUGCCGAGUCCGGAGGAGAUCCUGGAGUCGAACAACAUCAACCUCGACAAAGCAGAGGAGGGAUCCGGCAAGAGCGGGGCGAAGAUGCUGUUCAGCAACGACAAGAAGUACAUCAUCAAGACCAUGUCUGCCCGCGACAUCCGUGCCCUGACGCCUGCCAUCCACAAGUACACCAUGCACAUCCUCAACCAUGCCAGCACCUCCCUCAUGAUGCGUUUCUAUGCCUUGAUGGAGGAUUCCUCGGGCCAGUUCUGGAUCAUAUCCAACAAUUGGCUUCCCGUAAACUUCCCGAUCGUCUGGGACCUGAAGGGCUCCACUGCCGGUCGCAGUAACGGUCUCCAUGACCAUGGCCAGAAGGACAACGACUGGACAAAGGCUGGGAAGGAGAUCGCACUUGCGCCAGCCCAGCGGACACAGGUUUUAGGGGCCUUGGAAUCCGAUAGCAAGAUGCUCAGCGACGUGAACUUGAUUGACUACUCGCUGAUCACUGGCCUCCUUGUUUACGCGCUGUCUCCGUGCAAUGGACAGGGCCAGCCGUCGUGCGUUGCGCCAGUGUGCCACCCAACUGCCGGGUGUGGCGAGACUGCCUACAAGCUGGGUGACUACUUCAACCUCAUCCCACAGGUCUUUUGUCAUGGCGAGCAUCCGAAACCACCACAGCUGGAGCUGGGCACAAAAUGCACCGCCGCGCUGACGACAGCCUUGACCGUUCACGUCGCUUGCUUUGGCAUGAUUGACCUGCUCAAGCCUUACGAUGCCAAGUCGAAGGCCGAGUAUGUCGUGACGCUUGGCGCCUUUGGUCGGGGAGUCUCUGUCCAGCCCGCAGAGGGCUACGCUGAGCGCUUCUUCCACUUCAUGCAUAGCGCGGCCUUUCCCAAGAAGGCCUCCGAGGGCACGGUCGAGCUCGCCUUCGAUUCCAAGAUGUGCAAAACAUGGGGAAGCAGGGGGGAGGAGGAUGGGGGCUUCCCUGUCGUCACGACAGUUGUGCUGAUCGUCCUGGUCGCGGGUGGCGUGAGCUUGGCGGCGUGGUACUACAUGAGCCAGUCGCCUCCCUCACCUCCUGCCUCUGGAAGUGCUCCCGUCGGCGACCCAAGCCAGUCUGCCUAUCCACAGGGCUACGCGGGCGACCCGCAAGGCGCGCAUCCGGAAGGAUACCCGCAACACUACCAGCAAGGCGACCAGCAAGGCUACGGCGGCUACGCCGGCGGUUACGGAUCUCCGAACGCCUGGGCGCCCGCAAGCUACCCUCCGCCUGCCUACCCUGCGUAG